CUUUUGGAAACUAGUGGCGCCACCUUAAAUUUAUUUCUAAAUACCAAAAAUGCAUAAACACUUCUGUAAAAUUUAGGCUGCACCAUCAUGCUUUGUUUUAUAGAUUAUAGUGAGACUGAUGACAAUUGUCUUAUUUAAUUACACUCAAAAGUGAAUGUCAUAUCAGUGUUCAGGGUUUUGUUUGUUUAUCUACGUAUUUCUAAUACACAGAUAAACCAGAGAUCAAGACAAAAAAAUAUAGUUUCAGCCAAAACCCUGGGACCAGCAUCUCCUUCUCUUUCUCACAAUGAAGAGGGUAGCCUUUCUGCUGGGUCUCUGGGGUCUUUUCUCCCUCUGCCACGCUCAGCUGUCAGACGCAGAAGAAGGUGGCGAUGAGGAGGUGGUCGACCUCUUCACCACCCCACGCAGCAAGCUAGCCGCCUCCACCUCCGACUUUGGCUACAAUCUAUUCCGUCAGCUGGCUGCCCGCGACCCCAAGGCCAGUGUCCUCCUGUCCCCCAUGAGCAUUUCAGCAGCCUUCACACAGCUCUCCAUGGGUGCAUCCGAGCGUGCAGAGAAGCAGCUGUACCGGGUCCUGCGCUACCACUCCCUGCAGGAUACCAAGAUUCAUGAUACUCUGCGAGGCCUGCUAGCCUCUCUCCGCGCUUCCACCAAAGGCUUCAGCUCUGUAGAGCGCCUCCUCCUGGCCAGGCGGCUGCGUUCUAAGCCAGAGUACCUCAACACUGUAGAGAAGCAAUAUGGGGAACGCCCUCAGAUCCUCUUGGGUGGGCCCCGAGACCUCAAGACUGUUAAUGACUGGUUCAGGCAGCAGACCCGCGGUAAAGUGGACCGUGUGCUUGCAACUCCCUUGCCACGUAACUCAGCCAUAGUGCCUGUGGGAGCUGCUUACUUCAAAGGAAAAUGGAUAACAAGGUUUGGUAAGAUGGGCAAGAUGGAAGACUUCCAGUUGGAUGGAGCAGCACCAGCUCGUGUUGCUGUGAUGCAGCAGGAGAAUUACCCAGUAAAGAUUGGCAUGGACUCAGACCUUGGUUGCACGAUAGCGCAGGUGCCCAUGGAAGAUGGUGUGAGCAUGUACUUUUUCCUGCCUGAUGAGGUAACUCAGAACUUGACUUUGAUCGAGGAAGCCCUUACAUCUGAGUUUGUACAGGACCUGGCCAACACUCUUCACCCGGUGCACGUGCAGCUCACCUUGCCUGUGCUCAAACUCGUGUACAGCACAGACCUGCUGGCCCUUCUCUCUGGCCUAGGAUUGUCUGAAUGGCUGGAAGACACAGACCUCAUCAAAAUCAGUACUCAGGCCAUCAAGCUAAGCACAGUCCGCCACAAGGCUGUCGUGGAGACAGCACCAGAGGGUAGCCAGUAUGCAAGUGCCCCCUCUUCUAGUGCUCAACAGUCACUGGCCCUUUCUUACCGGGUGGACCGCCCCUUCCUCUUCCUGGUUCGAGAUGAGCCAUCGGGAGCGCUUCUCUUCAUUGGCAAGGUACUGAACCCACGUGACCUGGCGAGUGCAUGAGAGCAGCACAAACACAUACACAUUUAUGCGUAAAUGUUGGUAUGCCACAGAGCUGCAGGUCUUUUUUUAACAUUGGGUUUAAAGUUGAAUAUUUUCAAAGCUCCCAAUAUGACUAACGCAUGUAUUAGAACAUGUAUAUGAAUAGUAAUUUCUAACAAAACUGUACUGAAACAUGUUUAUACAGAAAAAAUGCAUACAUUUUUAUCACAGAAGACCUUUUCCCAAGCAAAUUUGUUCUGUUUUGUAGAUUGGAUCCCAACAAUAUAUGCGUUAUACUGCAUAAAUACAUUAAACUAAUCAGCUCUCCUCUCUUUUUGCUGUGGUAGUACAAUUCAAGUAAACUGUUCGGAUACAAGAAACAUUAAGAUUAACAUAGCGUUUCAAUUAUCACCUCUAGAUUAAAAGUAUUUUUUUGAUAUUCUAUUUUAGUGCUUUGAUAAUUUCUAGUUAAAUGUAAUCCCACACGUGUGCUAAUGCCAAGAUCAUUUCAGCUGUUGACAAUCCCAUUUGUAUAUUUACCAACAGGAACAAUCUGAGUGUGUAUAUUAAGAGGAAUUAAAAAAAAAAGAAAGAAAA